AUGCCCCGUCUCAUUUUCAUUUUUUUAACAUUCACCUUGGUAUAUCUACGCGUUGAUGAGGUAAACGGUGCUGUAGGACAGAAUGACCUACCGUCAUUCGUUGGAAACUCUUGGGAUAAAUGGAACUUGUUGGAACAACUGAAGACUAUUUGCAAACAGCAUCACAGAACUAGAGUGAUUGCUGAACUUAAGUUAGAGCAAUGUGAAAUGACCUGCGCCACAGGUGUAGCGGGUUUUUUCGGGGGUCCUUCUACCUUAAGGCUACAAAAUGAGGAACCAUGCAACAACAGAGGCGGGAAAUGCUACCCUCCGGGAGCAUGUGCCCACGACUCAUGA